AACAUCAUCAAACAUUGAAAGCCGUACUUGCGACGUAUAUUCCACGUAUUCCAUGUCAUUUGGGUCCCACAUUUAUCAAGUCAUUUAACACAGCAGUGUAACUUACAUUCGAUUUUCUCACCCGCUUGUGAAAGACCGCUUUACAAUCAAUAUAAAAUGGAUCAAGUCGUUAAAUUCUGCGAGCCAGGACGUUUGUUUGCCAAAGAUUCAAUUCGUUUGGUAAAACGAUGCACAAAACCCGAUCGUCGUGAAUUCCAAAAGAUUGCAAUUGCAACAGCUAUUGGUUUCUGUAUAAUGGGAUUCAUCGGUUUCUUCGUCAAACUCAUUCAUAUUCCAAUUAACAACAUCAUCGUCGGUUCAUAAGCCAACUCAUCAUUACCAGCCACACAUAUAUACAAUAAAAAAAACUCAUCGAUUUUGAA